AUGUCUUGUUGUUUGUCUUUUUUAUUUAUUUGUUACAAAGAGAGAGAAAGAGAUAUAUUAAUCGUGAUGGUAGGAGGAUUACCAUCAUCAAAGUUAUGGGAGAUUGAAUAUAACGAAUUAAUAUUUAAAGAGGUGAUUGGUAAAGGCAACUUUGGGUGUGUCUAUAGAGGUCUGUAUCUAUCGACAGAGGUUGCAAUAAAACAAAUUGAACCUACACUGUUUGAAGAUCCAGACUAUGCAAAGUAUAUUGAAAGAGAAGUUAAAGCUCUUAGGUAUAUCAGACACAAUGGUAUCGUCUAUUUCUAUGGAGCGUGUCAUCAUAGUACUGGCUUUUAUCUAGUGACAGAGUUUGUAGAUGGUAUGGAUCUACGUCGCUACAUUAAAACCUUUGUUUCAUCUCCUCCAAGUUGGUCAACUCGUAUCUCUUUGAUGUUGGAUCUAGCAAAAACUUGUUACUUUCUUCACUCUAAGGGUAUUCUUCAUCGUGACCUAAAAUCAAAGAAUAUACUUUUAUAUUUACAACCUGAUUGUAAAAUUCAACAACAUCAAAAUAAUUAUCAACAACAAAAUAAUAUUAGUCAAAGUAAUAAUCAAAAUAAUAGUAAUAAUCAAAAUAUAAAUUAUAGUAUAAAAUCAAGUAAAUUAUGUGACCUUGGAUUUGUUAGAAUUGGUUCACAAUAUAGUAAUGGAGAAGAUAGUAGUAGUAGUGAAGAAGAAGAAGAUGAUGAUGAUGAAGAUGAAGAAGAGGAUAAUGAUACUAAAUCAUCGGUUUAUAAAUUUAAUGGUAAUGGAAAGAUGGCAAAGAAUAGACUUAGAAGGAUGAGUAUUUGUGGUACACCUUCAUUUAUGCCACCAGAAAUAUUACUACAGAAACGGUAUGAUUGGACAGCCGAUGUAUUUAGUUUUGGUGUUGUGUUGGCAGAGAUUGUUACACGUCGUCGACCUGGUAAAGAUCUUUGGGUUCGAUCAUCAGAGAAUGGAUUUGAUAUUAGUAAAGAGGAAUUGGUCACUGGUCAAGAUUUUGAUUGUCCACCAUCUCUCUUUGAUCUAUGUCUCAAAUGUUGUAGUUAUCGAUCGAUAGAUAGACCAAAAUUCUCAGAUAUUGUUUUCAUUUUGGAAAAUUUAUUACAACAACAAAUUGAUCAAGAAGAACUACAACCAAACUCGAAUAAUGUUAAUAAUUUGAUUGGUCAAAAUCAAAUCAUUAUCGAACCAAUUUGUUAUUUUAAACAAUCUUUAAAAUCAAAUUAUAGAAAAAGUAUUAGAUUACGUUCUGAAUCUAUUUCUAAUCAUUCCCCUAUUCAACAACAACAAGAGGGUAUAUUAAAAAUAUCAAAAACAAAAUAUUUAAAUGGUUGGAAAGAUUUUGGUUUGGAUAUUUCAAAAUUGGAUCAAAUUUGGAUUAUUUAUUAUUUAAAUGAAAAGAUUGAAAUGACAAUUGGAAAAAUUAAAUCAACAAGUGGUAAAAAUAGUCUAACUAUAAGUUAUAUGGAUAAUAAUUUAAUUGAUAAUGUAUCAAUUAUAAAUGUUAAAUCAUACAAGGAACAAUUUCCUCAUACCAUUGACACUACAUAUAUCCAUUCCCAUUCAUCUUUUACUAUUUCAAAGACAUUUGGAAAUAUGACAAUUUCAACAGUUGAUAAAAUAUUGUGGCAUAAAAAUGUUGAUCUUUUAAUUCAAAUACAAUCAAAUAUUAGAAAAUGGAUUGUACAAUCUAAAUAUCAACAACUUUUAAAAAAUUGGAAACAAGAUAAUAACAAUAACAAUAACAUUGUCCAACAAACUAGUUCUACGAUUAAAGAAUGGAUGACAACAAUUGAUCAAUUUAUACAAUCUGAAAAAGAUUACAAGGAAAGAUUAGAUUUUAUUGUUAAAGGUUAUUUGGUACCUUUACAAUCAAAAUUUAGAAUUAACAAACCUUUAUUAAAUUAUAAGGAAAUUACUGCAAUCUUUUCAAAUAUUGAAACUAUUAUUGAAAUUUCAAAUAACCUAUUAUCAACUUUUCAACCAAUCAAUCAAGAAUUGAAAAAUACCACCACCUAUCAACAACAACAAUCAUCUCCAUCUACUUCACAAUCACUUUCAACUAUAGAUUUUAUUUUUAAUAAUAAUAAUAGAAAUUUUCAAUUUUUAAAUUAUUUUAUUCAACAUUUUGAAAAUAUCAAAUCAAUUUAUGGAAAAUAUACCUAUAAUUUUAAAUUUGCAAUGAAUAUAUUGGUUUGGUGUAGAGGAAAUCCAGAUUUUUCACGUUUCCUCGCUCAAUCAAAUACUCUUGGUGGUGAUGAAGAAUUUGAUUUGGCUGCAUUGUUGGCGUUGCCAGUGAAUCGUAUCCAAACUUAUAAUCUUCAUCUAUUGACUCUUACUCGUUUGGUUCCUGUCAAACAUCCAGAUUACAAGGAUAUCAUGGCUGCUCAUACCCUCAUUACAAACCUAAGUAGUUUUCUUCAAAGUCAAUUGGAAAUGUCUUUAAAUUAUAGUUCAAUCAUGUCUACUGAAAUUAUGUUACAAAGUAGUAGUAAUAGUAAAAAAGAACAAAUUACAUUAUUGGCAAGUGGUAGAUCUAUUAUUCGUCAAGGUCUCGUAGAACAAUCUAGAUAUAAUAAUAAUAAUGUAAAUGGAUCAUCAUCAUCAUUAUCUGCUUCUCCUUCUCCUUCACUUUAUAAUAGUUCUGGUAAUGUCGGAGGAGGAAAGAAAAAAUAUCAAUUAAUUUUAAUGACAGAUUUAAUUAUUUUGGCAAAACCAAUUCUUUCAAAGUGUAGUAAUAGUAAUAGUAAACCAUCAUCUUUAUCCUCUUCUUCAACCUCGAAUACAAAAUAUUAUUUAAAAGAAAAGAUGGUAUUAAAUUUAAGAAUAGAUCAAGUUAAUUUGAAAUUAUCUGGUGAUCAUCCUUGUGGUAUUAUUUUAACUUUUGGUGUCAAUGGUUCUAAAUCUUAUAGAUUCCUUGCACCUACAGAUGAUGAUGCUUAUCAUUGGGCAUCUGAUUUUGUUCGUACUAUUCAUUCAACUAAUCCAAUCUCAAUUGAUGAAAGUAAUAAUAGUAAUAAUAAUAAUAGUAAUAAUAGUGGUAUAAUAGAUCAACAACUAGAAAAGAGUCCAUCAUUUAUUCAAAGAUUUAGACCAAGAUCAACAUCUAUUCAAAGUACUCCUGAUAAAAGGUCUACUGUUGGUACUGAUCCAUCUGGAAUAUUUAAAGUUCCCGAUACUCCUCCUUCUUCACUAUCAUCAUCUUUCAACACUCCUGGAAGUGAAAAGAAAAAAUUCUCUACUCUUGUUAAAAGUAAAUGGAAAAGAAUAAAGUCUAGAGGAAUACAAGACGAUGACUUGAUUUAA